AUGAUCAUCACUCAGAAAAACACUUGCAGAGAAUCCCCAUCCUUUCCAUCGCUUCAAGUUCCCGCGAAAUCAAUUACAUUUGAUAGCAACACAUACGCAUUCAGAAACGAGGCCUGUAAAUUCUCAUGGCGUCCGCUCCUUCAAAGCUCUAUGCAGAUGACGUGAGCGUCCUGGUGGUACUGUUGGACACAAACCCUUUCUUCUGGAGCUCUUUUGCUUUUCCUUUCUCCAAGUUCCUCUCUCACUUUCUUUCGUUUCUGAACUCGAUCUUAGUUCUGAACCAACUCAACCAAGUGGUGGUGAUUGCUACCGGGUGCAAUUCCUGCGACUACAUCUACGACUCGUCUAUGGCGACGAGCCCCAGUAUUGAGAGCGGAAGAAUGCCCGCCCUCUGCUCCGACUUGUUGCAGAAAUUGGAAGAGUUUGUGACCAGGGACGAGCACUUGGGCAAGCAAGACUCUCUAGGGCCCACCACUUCUUCGCUGCUAUCGGGCUCCUUGUCUAUGGCUCUUUGUUAUAUACAAAGGAUUUUUCGUUCGGGACCACUCCAUCCGCAACCUCGAAUUUUAUGCUUGCAGGGAUCCUCAGAUGGACCAGAACAAUAUGUUGCAAUCAUGAAUGCAAUAUUUUCAGCGCAGCGCUCUAUGGUUCCUAUAGAUUCUUGCUAUAUAGGUUCUAACAAUUCUGCCUUCCUUCAGCAGGCUUCUUACAUAACUGGUGGUGUGUAUCAGAAACCCCAACAACUGGAUGGGCUGUUUCAAUAUCUCUUGACAGUUUUUGCGACUGAUUUGCAUUCUCGUACCUUCUUACAGCUUCCUAAGUCUGUUGGUGUUGACUUCCGUGCCUCGUGCUUUUGCCAUAAAAAGACAAUCGACAUGGGCUAUAUAUGUUCUGUAUGCUUGUCCAUAUUCUGUAAGCAUCACAAGAAAUGUUCGACCUGUGGGUCAGUAUUUGGUCAGGCUCACGCAGAUGUUGCCUCGGCUUCCAAUCUUAAGAGAAAGACUCCAGAAACAUAAUCUUACAGUGUAAUAUAAUAGUGCUGUUGAAAGUACUGUUGAAAUAGUACAUCUGAUAGGUUUUGUCAACCUUCUUGUCUUGAGCUGCUUGGGAACCAGAAAUAUGUUCGCCAAGACAAUUUAGGUCUACAACACCAAUUUUGCACCCGAUAGCCUUGUUGUAGAGCAUAUAAAAAAAAAAAAAAAAUUGUUUUAGGAAGGAGCAACGAUUAUGUUGCAAGUAGCAACUGUGCUGAAUGAGAGCAGUUUUGGAUGUGUAUUAUUUAUGUCGGAAGAGAGCAUAUUGCUUCUAUAUGAAUUUUUUUUUUUGGAAGAAAUCAGAGUUCUACAGCUUUUGGCAAUGCCUUCUUCUCAACCUAACCGGUAAUCCAAUAUUGAUAUUUCAUUUACAGUUAGUUUGGAAUGUAAUUUCUAUGGUGGAUAUAGGAUUGGAAAUUUUCUGUGCUGUUUCUUCUGCGGUGCUGUAAUAAAUUAGUUUUUUUUUUUUGGUCUAUUCAGGGCAGGGAAAAAGGAAAGGGGUUGUAAUAAAUUAGUUUACUUGGGGUUAAUGUAAGCUAACAUCAAUGUAAAUUACCCAAUGGAGUUAUGAGUGAGGUUCUCAUUUGGAA